GUAAUGAAAGCUUACAAAGGCAUUAAAUAUACCCUGUUUGCAUGCUGCUACAUAUUCUGGGUGGCCAGCGGUGUCUUGAUUACUGUGGGCAUCUACGCCAAAGUGGCCAAGGAAAAUGAUGUAGUGGAUACUUUAGCAACAGAUCCGGCUCUCCUGUUGCUCACUGUAGGUUCCCUCAUGUGCAUUAUAACAUUUCUCGGAUGUUUUGGAGCACUGCGUGAUGUUAUUAUACUACUAAAAAUGUUUUUAGGAAUUUUACUAGUCGUCCUGAUUCUACAAAUGGCUGCUGCAGUCUUGGGCUUUCUCUUCUCAGAAAUGGUUUUACAAAGGGCAGAUUCGCUAAUGAAGAAAGCAAUUGUACAGUAUCGAGAGGAUAUGGACUUAGAAAACAUCAUCGACUUUGUGCAGAAAAAGUUCAUGUGCUGUGGAGUGGAUUACUAUUCGGACUGGUCUCAGAAUGAAUAUUUUAACUGCUCUGAGAAAAAUCCAAGUCUAGAAGCUUGUGGUGUGCCUUUCUCUUGUUGUGUACGGAAUCCGAAUGAGACUGUUUUUAAUACCAUGUGUGGAUUUGAGACUCAGAGAAAAAAGGAAUCCUCAAUCAAGGAACACGUUCAUAUCAACGGUUGCCUGGACAAGAUAGUUGUGUGGGGACAACAGAACCUUCUACUGAUCGGAGGAAUCAGCAUCAGCUUACUUUGUCUUGAGAUAUUUAUGAUUGUCCUGGCGGCUGCUCAGCUUGAUCAAAUCCAAAAAGUUCAACAGAAGAGGAAGAAACCAAGUGUUAGGCCAAACAGGACGUAA